AUGGCGAUCAGGCAACAUCUUUGCCUAGAAAGCCACACAAACUUUAGUGCCCGCCCUUGAGCUUGAAAGAGGAGUUUUUCAAACCAUCGAGUACUGCAUUGCUAGAAAGGAUGGGAAGAGAGAAGUGCAGAGAAACUUCCUCUUCCGGAUGACUCGUGGGAGAAAAGUGGUGGGCAGAGCGGCUUUUGUGCUCUUCCCGGGGUCGAAGCAGCAGCUGGCAGACAAAGAGAAUGGCAAUAAGAGCGCUUUGGACAACUGAGGAUAAAAAGCAACAUUGAAUAGGAAAGCAAGUCAGUCCCGAAAUCAAAAUAUUUUCCAUUUCCUUCACAGAGCCUACAAUUCUUCACCUUCCUCAGCAAGUGAGAGAGAAAUGAGAGAAAAUCAGGAAGAGAUUUCUAGCUCGGAAAAGAAGAGUGUGAAAUUCAAGCAUACAUUACAUGAAAAGUCAAGGGAGAUUAUUCUUCCAUUAGGUAAAAGACGGAAAUAUCUGGAAGUUACUGGGAGGAAAAGGUCAAUUGGAAAUCAAUGUAGAGCAGACAGUCCUGAUGGUGAGAAAAUUGAAUGUCCUGAUUGUGAGAAAAGUUUGUCUCAGAAUUCCCAGCUCAUGAAACACCAGAGGACUCACACGGGCAAGAAACCCUUUGAAUGUCCUGAUUGUGAAAAAAAAUUCACUACCAAUUCCAACCUUAUUAGCCACCAGAUGAUUCACACAGGUGAGAAACUCUGUAAAUGUCUUGAAUGUGGGAAUAGUUUUAGUCGGAAUUCUGACCUUGUUGCACAUCAGAGGACUCACACAGGAGAGAAACCAUUUGAAUGUCCUGUUUGUGGGAAAAGUUUUAGUCGUAAUUCCAGCCUGGUGAUACACCAGAGAACUCACACAGGAGAGAAACCCUUUGAAUGUCCUGAUUGUGAGAAAAGUUUCAGUACCAGUUCCAGCCUGGGGAAACACCAGAGGACUCACACAAGGGAGAAACCCUUUCAAUGCCCUGUUUGUGGGAAAAGUUUUAGUCGUAAUUCCAACCUGGUGAUACACCAGAGAACUCACACAGGAGAGAAACCCUUUGAAUGUCUUGUUUGUGGGAAAAGUUUCAGUCAGAAUUCCAUCCUGGUGAUACACCAGAGGACUCACACAGGGGAGAAACCGUUUCAAUGUCCUGUUUGUGGGAAAAGUUUCAGUCAGAAUUCCCAUCUUAUUAGCCACCAGAAGAUUCAUACAGAAGAUAAACCAUUUGAAUGUUCUGAGUGUGGAAGACGUUUCAAUCUGUAUUCCAGCCUGGUGAAACACCAGAGGACUCAUACAGGAGAGAAACCUUUUGAAUGUCCUGACUGUGGAAGAAGUUUCAGUCGAAAUUCCCACCUUAUUAGCCACCAGAGGAUUCACACAGCAGAGAAACCCUUUGAAUGUUCUGAUUGUGGUAAAAGUUUCACUCAGAGGUCUCAUCUCAUGAUGCAUCAGAGGACUCACACAGGAGAGAAACCCUUUAAAUGUCCUGAUUGUGGGAGAAGUUUCAGUACCAAUUCCAGCCUGGAGAGACACCAGAGGAUUCACACAGGAGAGAAACCCUUUGAAUGUCCUGAUUGUGAGAAAAGUUUCAGGACCAGUUCCAGCCUGGUGAAACACCAGAGGACUCACACAGGAGAGAAACCGUUUCAAUGUCCUGUUUGUGGGAAAAGUUUCAGAGAGAAUUUCAACCUAGUGAUACACCAGAGAACUCACACAGGAGAGAAACCCUUUGAAUGUCCUGAUUGUGGGAAAAGUUUCAGUAUCAAUUCCAGCCUGGUGAAACACCAGAGGACUCACACAGGAGAGAAACCCUUUGAAUGUCCUGAUUGUGGAAGAAGUUUCAGUCAGAAUUACAGCCUGGUGAAACAUCAGAGGACUCACACAGGAGAGAAACCAUUUGAAUGUUCUGAGUGUGGAAGAAGUUUCAGUACCAAUUCCAGCCUAGAGAGACACCAGAGGAUUCACACAGGAGAGAAACCCUUUGGGUGUCCUGUUUGUGGGAAAAGUUUCAGUGAUAUUUCCACUCUGGUUAAACACCAGAGGACUCACACAGGAGAGAAACUAGUGACCUUCAAAGGGGAGAAACCGUUCAAGUGCCCUGAGUGUGGACAGUGCUUCAGGCAACAAUCCACCCUUAUCACACACAGGAAAAUCCACAUCAAGCCUCAAAAAGGAUGGGAAGAGAGAAGUGCAGAGAAACUUCCUCUUCCGGAUGACUCGUGGGAGAAAAGUGGUGGGCAGAGCGGCUUUUCUACUCUUCCCAGGGUCGAAGCAGCAGCUGGCAGAGCCUACAAUUCUUCACCUUCCUCAGCAAGUGAGAGAGAAAUGAGAGAAAAUCAGGAAGAGAUUUCUAGCUCGGAAAAGAAGAGUGUGAAAUUCAAGCAUACAUUACAUGAAAAGUCAAGGGAGAUUAUUCUUCCAUUAGGUAAAAGACGGAAAUAUCUGGAAGUUACUGGGAGGAAAAGGUCAAUUGGAAAUCAAUGUAGAGCAGACAGUCCUGAUUGUGAGAAAAUUGAAUGUCCUGAUUGUGAGAAAAGUUUGUCUCAGAAUUCCCAGCUCAUGAAACACCAGAGGACUCACACAGGCAAGAAACCCUUUGAAUGUCCUGAUUGUGAAAAAAAAUUCACUACCAAUUCCAACCUUAUUAGCCACCGGAUGAUUCACACAGGUGAGAAACUCUGUAAAUGUCUUGAAUGUGGGAAUAGUUUUAGUCGGAAUUCUGACCUUGUUGCACAUCAGAGGACUCACACAGGAGAGAAACCAUUUGAAUGUCCUGUUUGUGGGAAAAGUUUUACUCGUAAUUCCAGCCUGGUGAUACACCAGAGAACUCACACAGGAGAGAAACCCUUUGAAUGUCCUGAUUGUGAGAAAAGUUUCAGUACCAAUUCCAGCCUGGGGAAACACCAGAGGACUCACACAGGGGAGAAACCCUUUCAAUGCCCUGUUUGUGGGAAAAGUUUUAGUAGUAAUUCCAACCUGGUGAUACACCAGAGAACUCACACAGGAGAGAAACCCUUUGAAUGUCUUGUUUGUGGGAAAAGUUUCAGUCAGAAUUCCAUCCUGGUGAUACACCAGAGGACUCACACAGGGGAGAAACCGUUUCAAUGUCCUGUUUGUGGGAAAAGUUUCAGUCAGAAUUCCCAUCUUAUUAGCCACCAGAAGAUUCAUACAGAAGAUAAACCAUUUGAAUGUUCUGAGUGUGGAAGACGUUUCAAUCUGAAUUCCAGCCUGGUGAAACACCAGAGUACUCACACAGGAGAGAAACCCUUUAAAUGUCCUGAUUGUGGGAGAAGUUUCAGGACCAGUUCCAGCCUCGUGAAACACCAGAGGACUCACACAGGAGAGAAACCUUUUGAAUUUCCUGACUGUGGAAGAAGUUUCAUUCGAAAUUCCCACCUUAUUAGCCACCAGAGGAUUCACACAGCAGAGAAACCCUUUGAAUGUUCUGAUUGUGGUAAAAGUUUCAAUCAGAGCUCUCAUCUCAUGAUGCAUCAGAGGACUCACACAGGAGAGAAACCCUUUAAAUGUCCUGAUUGUGGGAGAAGUUUCAGUACCAAUUCCAGCCUGGAGAGACACCAGAGGAUUCACACAGCAGAGAAACCCUUUGAAUGUUCUGAUUGUGGUAAAAGUUUCACUCAGAGGUCUAAUCUCAUGAUGCAUCAGAGGACUCACACAGGAGAGAAACCCUUUAAAUGUCCUGAUUGUGGGAGAAGUUUCAGUACCAAUUCCAGCCUGGAGAGACACCAGAGGAUUCACACAGGAGAGAAACCCUUUGAAUGUCCUGAUUGUGAGAAAAGUUUCAGGACCAGUUCCACCCUGCGGAAACACCAGAGGACUCACAUAGGGGAGAAACCGUUUCAAUGUCCUGUUUGUGGGAAAAGUUUCAGUGAGAAUUUCAACCUAGUGAUACACCAGAGAACUCACACAGGAGAGAAACCCUUUGAAUGUCCUGAUUGUGGGAAAAGUUUCAGUAUCAAUUCCAGCCUGGUGAAACACCAGAGGACUCACACAGGAGAGAAACCCUUUGAAUGUCCUGAUUGUGGGAAAAGUUUCAGUCAGAAUUACAGCCUGGUGAAACAUCAGAGGACUCACACAGGAGAGAAACCAUUUGAAUGUUCUGAGUGUGGAAGAAGUUUCAGUACCAAUUCCAGCCUAGAGAGACACCAGAGGAUUCACACAGGAGAGAAACCCUUUGGGUGUCCUGUUUGUGGGAAAAGUUUCAGUGAUAUUUCCACUCUGGUUAAACACCAGAGGACUCACACAGGAGAGAAAUUAUGAGUGUCCAGCCUGUGGGAAAGAUCUCAGCACUAGGUUUAACCUUCUAAAUCAUAUACUUAUACACAUAAGGGAGAAACCAUUUAAGUGUCCCAAGUGUGGACUGUCCUUCAGGCAACGUUCCACUCUUAUUGCACACAGGAAAAUCCACAUGAGACCCAAAGUGAUGAGUGUAGAGAAGGCUUGAAUUUCAUUUCUAAUGUCCCGUUUUAAGUCCAGUUGAGAAACUGACUAUUUAAUUAGACUACAAAGAAUUUGUAAUGGUAUUGGGCUGAUUUUUUUUUUUUUUUGCAAAUAUGUAAUGAUAUUAGAUGGGAUGGGAAAAAAAAGAAAUUGCAACCUAUUAGUAUGAUAAUGGUUAUCUGGCCAUCAGCAGAAGUGGUUGUGGGAUAUUUAUUUUUGCAGAAAUUGUGCAAUUAUGUAAAAAUAUAUUGGGAGCAUUCUUUGCAUUUUUAUCAUGGGAGAUGAUAGAAAUGCCACAUAUAGAGUCCCAGCCUUUUUCUUCCUUGCCUGCCCCAAGAUUUUCAGCCUCAAAAUUCCCCAGCCAGCAUCUCUUGUGGAUUGGAGCACUCGGACUAUAGUUGGAGAUUGUGGUUCCUCGUAUAAGGAGAAAGCGAAAGAAGAGAAGUAGAGGAGUUUCAACUUUCAUUUUUUCCUAACAGUUCCAGGAAUUCAGUGCACUAAGCACGUCUGUUCAGAUUGUGUCAGGAAUGAGGCACACAAGUGGAAGAAACCAUAUGAAUAGCAAAUAUAUUGGGGAGUUUGGGGUAGUGACAAAACCAGUGUAAAAUUUCAGAUGUAAAUGCCGUUGUGCCUUGCAGGUGACCUUCAAAGGUAUGGUAUGGGGAAAGUAGGAUACAUGGUUACUUUCAAAGACACUGUAUAAGAAAUGUUUUUUUGUUCGUUUGGGAGAAAAUUAGAGAACAGCAUUAUUUGAAGAUACCACUUUGGCUUUCAACAAUGGAAGCACUUGUUCAUCAAAAUCUAUAUAUAUAUAAAAGCAAAAAGCACUCACGCCAUAAUCAUGAAAUCUCCAGAACGUAAAAGCUUACAAACUUGAAAUUUGCCACGUAUGUUCCUCUUGGCUUCUAGGUGCUCAUUAAGAAAGGAUUUUUCGAAAUGAUCAUCAGAUCAUUAGUAUUUUCUAUAUUAUAACACACACUGAUGCUAAUGAGUUAGAUGUUCUACUCCCCCUUCCAACUUGAAAAUAACUCUGGAGAGAAGGAGAUAGCAUAGGACAGGCUUCCGUCGGGUAAGGCUGAGGGAGAGAAGGCUAGAAAGCCUGAGGGAGAGAAGAGGUGUCAGGGAAUGUAGAUUUAAUAGCUGUAAGCUGAUGGAAGGUUGUAAGCGGAAGCAACUGAAAGCUGAUGCAAUGGGAAUGAUUCAUCAUUUGGAAUCGCUGGUUUAAAACUCUGAUGGGGUCCACACAAGACUGUUACCAUUUUAAGAGGUGUCUAUAUAUAGAAUAGAAUAGAAUAGAAUAGAAUAGAAUAGAAUAGAAUAGAAUAGAAUAGAAUAGAAUAGAAUUUUAUUGGCCAAGUGUGAUUGGACACACAAGGAGUUUGUCUUGGUGCAUAUGCUCUCAGUGUACAUAAAAGAAAGAUACAUUUAUCAAGGUACAACAUUUACAACACAAUUGAUGUUCAGUAUAUCAAUAUAAAUCAUAAGGAUUGCCAGCAACGAGUUAUAGUCAUACAGUCAUAAGUGGAAAGAGAUUGGUGAUGGGAACUAUGAAACGAUUAAUAGUAGUGCAGAUUCAGUAAAUAGUCUGACAGUGUUGAGGGAAUUAUUUGUUUAGCAGAGCGAUGGCCUUCGGGAAAAAACUGUUCUUGUGUCUAGUUGUUCUGGUGUGCAGUGCUCUAUAGCGUCGUUUUGAGGGUAGGAGUUGAAACAGUUUAUGUCCAGGUUGCGAGGGAUCUCUAAAUAUUUUCACGGCCCUCUUCUUGAUUCGUGCAGUAUACAGGUCCUCAAUGGAAGGCAGGUUGGUAGCAAUUAUUUUUUCUGCAGUUCUAAUUAUCCUCUGAAGUCUGUGUUUUUCUUGUUGGUGACCAUUAGAGGGCAUCUCUCUCUCUUGUGUAUCUUAUUGCUUUCCUUGUGUUCGUAGCUGUAUGAUAAGGUAUCUACCAUGUAUAUGUAUGUAUAUAUUUAGUUGUAUAUAAACCACUGUUAAUUAUCUAAAGGCUCUGUGUUCUGUGUGCUGUGUUUUGCUCCUGGGUUUAUCUCAUAAUACUAGUCACAGCAAAACUCUGAUAAGGUGAUAGGAUAGGAGAUGUUUCUGUGUGGCAAGCCUGAGGAAGAGAAGGGGAGAGGAGAGGCUGACUCUCAUUAAUUUUCAAGCUGUAAGGCACAUAGUUUCAUAGCAAAGCACAGAUAUCCAUCUAAUAUCACUAGUAUGGGAAAUAUCAUUAGAUAUAAAGACACUCUGAAUGAAACGGGUAAGUUCAAAAAUAAACAAGAAUUGAAAGAGCAAGGGAUUGAUGAGGUUUGCAAAUACAAUCUAGAUAUGAAAAAGUUACUAAAUUAUAUGGUUCUUAUACGGAUUUGACAGAAUUGGGUAAGAUAAUUGGGUAAGAUAACAGAAGAGAGGGUGAUAAA